CAGCUGCAGCAGCAACCACAGCGUGCCUACAGAGGCAAUGAUUAUCUGCCACCCACCACAACAACAACAACAGCUGCUGCCAUUGCUAGCUAUCCACAGCAGCAACAUCAGCAGCAAAAGGUAUAUCGCGGACCAGCCUAUUUGCCACCCAUUGCACAGCCACAGCAACAACAGCACGUGCCACAAGUACAGCAGCAACAGGUACAGCAGCAACAGGUGCAGCAGCAACAAGUACAGCAGCAACAGGUGCAGCAGCAACAAGUGCAGCAGCAAGCUGCUGAUUAUCAUGCACCUGGCUAUCUGCCACCUGGCUAUGAGUAUGCCAAUCCCGAUCAGUUGCCCGUGGCGCUAGCACAAGCAGUUGCUGGCGUGCAACAGCCAGCAACAGUUGCCGAUUAUCGUGCACCAGAUUAUUUGCCACCCAGCUACAAUGAAGAAGUCAAAACGCAGCCACAGCAACAAGCUAUUGUUUAUCAGGCACAACAGCAACAGGUGCAGCAGCAACAGGUACAACAACAACAGGUACAACAGCAACAGGUACAACAACAACUCCAUCAUCCUGGCGCUCUGCCAGAUGGUUAUGAGUUUAGCAAGCCAGAUAAUUUUGAGGCAGCCAUUGCUGAGCUGCACAGCCUGCAAACGCAAACGAAAUUGCUGAAACAGCAGCAGCAACAGCAGCAAUUGCAGCUACAGCAGCAGCAAUUGCUGUUGCAGCAACAGCAGGCACCACCAACACAACACACACACAUACACACGCUGAGCAGUUAUAUGAAUACGGUGCAGCCAUUUGCACGUUAUGGUCAACCACAGCAGCAGCAGCAUGUGCAGCAACAUGUUCAGCAACAGCAACCACACGUGCAGCAGCAACACGUGCAACCGCAGCAAUUUGUCGAAGUUGCACCCAUGUAUCGUGAGCAAUCGAAGCGUCCACGUUUCUAUGCGCCAGCAAUGUCUUACGCCAGCAAUGCAUUGCCCACGCAGUAUCACGAGCAUCAUCACCAUCAUCAGCAACAUCAGCAGCUGCAACAUCAACAAUUGCCACGCGCCACAUUGAGUCUGCAGGCGCAACAGUCGCUGCAAAAGUUUAUGCCACGCGAAAUGCAAAUGGCCGUCAAUGUUGCCGUUGCUGCCGCCUCACCCGUGCCACAACGUGGCAGCUCCCGCGUGCGCACCGUGCAAAUUGUGAAGCCGCAUGCGGCGCGCACCUUUAAAGUGCUGGAAACACUCGAUGCUGCUGGUGUGAAGACCAUCAAGAUCCUCGGCACGAGUCACGUGCAACCCAAGGGGCAACAUCAUGUCGUCAAGGUCGUUACACAGGAUGAGCACAACGUAGAGAGUCAUGUGCAAACCGUCAAGAUCUACGAUGAUGAGCAGGAAUAUGACGUGAUGCGAUAA